CCCCACUGGUCAACGCACUAGUUCAUAAAUAAUCAUAACCUGGGCCGAAGUGGACUAAAUUAAAGUAGGCAGAACUGGACUGGACUGAACUGGGUGGAACUGGACUAAACUGGACUGGAAUGAACUGGAUUGGACUAACCUGGGCCGAAGUGGACUAAAUUAAAGUAGGCAGAACUAGAGUGGACUCAACUGGGUCGAACUGGGCUAAAUUGGACUAGAAUGAACUGGAUUGGACUAACCUGGGCCAAAGUACACUAAAUUAAAGUAGGCAGAACUGGACUGGACUGAACUGGGUCAAACUGGACUAAACUGGACUGGAAUGAACUGGAUUGGAUUAACCUGGGCCGAAUUGGACUAAAUUAAAGUAGGCAAAAAUGGACUGGAUUUGACUGAACUGGGCUGAUAUGGACUGUGCUGAAUUGGGCCAAACUGGACUAAACUUGACUGUAAUGAACUGGAUUGGACUAACCUGGGCCGAACUGGACUAAAUCAAAGUGGGCAGAACUGGACUGGACUGGACUGGGUCGAACUGGACUAUACUGGACCGGAAUGAACUGGAUUGGACAAACCUGGGCCAAACUGGACUAAAUUAAAGUAGGCAGAACUGGAUUGGACUGGACUACACUGGACUCAUUUGAACUGGACUGGGCUGAACUGGGUGGAACCGGACUAAACUGGACUCAUUUGAGCUGGACUGGACUGGACUAAACUGGACUCAUCUGAAUUGGACUGGACUGAACUGGGUGGAACUGGGUUAAACUGGUCUGGAAUGAACUGGAUCGGACUGAACUGGGUCAAACUGGACUAAAUUAAAUUAGGCAGAGCUGGACUGGACUAAACUGGACUCAUUUUAACUAGACUGGACUGGACUAAACUGGAGUCAUUUGAACUGGACUAAACUGGACUGGAAUGAACUGGAGUGGACUAACCUGGGCCGAACUGGACUAAAUUAAAGUAGGCAGAACUGGACUGGACUAAACUGGACUGGACUGGACUAAACUGGACUCAUUUGAACUGGGCUGAACUGGGUGGAACUGGACUAAACUGGACUGGAAUGAACUGGAUUGGACUAACCUGGGCCGAACUGGACUAAAUUAAAGUAGGUAAAACUGGAUUGGACUGAACUGAAUUGGACUCAUUUGAACUGGACUGGACUGAACUGGGUGGAACUGGACUAAACUGGACUCAUUUGAACUGGACUGGACUGGGUGGAACUGGACUAAACUGGACUCAUUUGAACUGGACUGGACUAAACUGGACCGGAAUGACACAAACCCGCUCCCAGGCUAAAAGCCAACUUUGACUACUGUUCCACGCGCUGAAUGGAGGCGGAGGGAGGAGAUGAGCGCGCGGAGGGCUGGACCUGCUGGAGGAGGAGGAGGAGGAGGAGGAGGACCACAUGAGUCCACAUGAGACCGCAUGAGUCCGCAGGUCAGCGCCACCUCCUUCCUCUCCUCCUCACUAACACCUCUUCUGCUCUCCGGCUCGGCCUCUCUCCGCUGCUCCUGGCCCGGCUCGGAACGGUUCCACCUGGACAGGGACACAGACCGGGACGGACUGCGCAGGACCCGGACUCGGGAUCGACAGGGUCCGUGUUCCGGUCGCGGGCUCCCGUCAUGCUGGGCGCGGUGAAGAUGGAAGGGCACGAGGCUCCGGACUGGAGCGGAUACUACAGCGAGGAGGUCUACUCCCCAAUGGCAGGAAGUGGGAUGGGUUCUGGUCUCGGGAUGGGUUCCAUGUCGGGGUACAUGUCCACCAGCGGGACCACGUCAGGCUCCUUCAACAUGUCAUACAGUGGCACUGGCUUAAGCCCCGCCCCCAUGUCAGGGAUGGGUGGGUCCACGCAAGCAGCCAUGUCAGGCCUUGGCGGGGGCGUGGCGACGAUGGGAGGGGCCCUGAGCCCAUCCAGUAUGGGUUCAGUGCCAACCCAGCAGGCCUCAAUGGGCCUCAACCCGUACGGCGGUGUGAGUCCUACCAUGAGUCCUGGGAUGGCCUAUGGUGGUGGCGCUCUGAACCGAGGCCGUGACAACAAGGCAUUCAGACGGAGCUAUCCACAUGCCAAGCCACCGUACUCCUACAUAUCGCUCAUCACCAUGGCAAUCCAGCAGGCACCCAGUAAGAUGCUGACACUGAGCGAGAUUUACCAGUGGAUCAUGGACUUGUUCCCGUACUAUCGGCAGAACCAGCAGAGGUGGCAGAACUCCAUCCGACACUCACUGUCCUUCAAUGACUGCUUUGUCAAGGUCUCACGCUCGCCGGACAAACCGGGAAAGGGCUCAUAUUGGACCCUGCACCCAGAUUCUGGAAACAUGUUUGAGAACGGCUGCUACCUGCGCCGCCAGAAGAGGUUCAAGUGUGAGAAGAAGAUGACUACAAAGUCAGACAGUAGGAAGGAACAGAGUGGCGGAGGAGGGGCUUCUCCAUCAGGGGAAUCGAGCAGUAUCAAACCACCAGGACUUAUGGACUCCACCUCCCUGCCCUCAUCCAGUCAAGCGGCCUCGCCUCCCGGCCUGGACCUACGUGGAGGUGGUGGGCCAGCAGACCUGAAGGUGUCCGGCUCCCAACUGUUGUCAACCCUAUCGUUACCCACCCACUCAAUGUCCCAUGAUUCCCAGCUGCACAUCAAAGGAGACCCGCACUAUGCCUUCAACCACCCAUUCUCCAUCAACAACCUCAUGUCGUCCUCCGAGCAGCAGCAUAAACUGGACCUGAAGGCCUACGAGGCUUUGCAGUACUCAUCAUAUGGUAACGGAGGGGCUGGCCUGGGUGGGCGGACCAUGGAGCCUCUGGAGGCCUCGUAUUACCAGGGCAUGUACCCCAGACCGCUCCUCAACACCUCGUAGUACCUGUUGGACUAAGAGAUUCUGCAUGCACCCUGGACUUCCUGCUGGACUCUGCUGCUGGUCCUGUCUCUACAGCAGCAUCGGUUCAGAGUGAACUGAACUGGAUCUGCACUGUGACCAAAACCAGGACACAAACUAACAUGUGAAACUGCAGCCAGGUCCGAUGGUCCUUUUACACAGAGUCACAUAUAGUUAAGCAUAGACCCCUGAAACUAGGGCCAAAACAUCACCACAAUCUUCACUAUCAGGAUCCAUGAUGUGAAUCUAAUUCGGACCUCAUGCAAAAUGUAGGAGAAUCACAACGAAACUCUAAGAGGAUUUGGUUCCUGAAGGACUGGAGCUGUGGUCUGAAGAGUUUUUGUUAUUUGAUUAAAUUCUAGGGCAGAUAUAUUCAUUUAGAAGAAACUUUAAACCCUCUAAUCUGACAGAGCUGGUCCUGAAUAAGACGGAAACAGGACCAUUAGCUGAUGAUUGUCUGAAUUUAUACAUAAACUAUUGACAACAAAUUCUGCAACGCUGACAAAACUGAUGAGUGCUGAAGUAAAGUUGUGUGUCCAGUCAUUGUGUCCCAGACCUGGACCUGAGGUUCUACAGGAGUCAGGUUGAAAACUGGUUUAAAAGAGCCUGUUGAACAAACUCCCUCAGGGUAAAGUGGAUGAACCACACCAGGGUUAGGGUUAGAGUUAAUCAUACAAAACCUAAAAAAAAAACAUUUACACUGGUUGUUAAAGUGAACAUUAGUGGAGUAGGAAAAUUAGGACAGUACUGAUCUUCUUAAUUCCUGACAGGACGAUCAGAUAACAAAUAUAAACAUCUCCAGUUGAAGACGAUCCGAUCACUCAGUCCAACCUUGAAGUGCUAAGACCUCAUCCAGAACAACACAAGCAUUUGUGAAAAGCUUUUCCUCCUUCAUUCUCAAAAGAAUCUCAUCAACAUGACAAUAGCCAAAGUCCAAUCCUAUGCUAACUCCAACAUUCAAACUUCAAACCAUCUGUAAACAUCUUCACCCUGAAGAGUCCAUUUUAGAAAAAACCUUGGCUUCAGAGUCCAGAGU